CCGGGUUAAAAUAUUUUGCGGUUACCGAACUAUGCCUUUAUUACAAUUUGGUAACUAACGUUUCAUUUGUUACAUUUUGGUAACCGAACUUUACUUUUCAUUACAUCCGGCGGUCACCCAUCCGUUUCUGAUCAAAGUUUGCUUAUGUGGCACCGGAAUUUCAAUUUUUUGUCCCAACUUUGCCACCUAGACGCCACGUAUUUGCCACAUAGACUUAAAAAAUGAAAUUACUUCAUUAACUCUAAAUAAAUUUUAACAAAUGAGCAAACCUAAUCCCACUUCUUUUAUUAUUCAAAUCAAAUUAUAAGAAAAAAAAAACAAAACCCUAGCCACGCAAAAAAUUAAACCCAGUUCACAUAAUUAUCAAAACUCAAACCCAUAUCAAAACUUAAAUCACUUUUUCAUUACAGAUAUGUAAAUCCCAUUUGGUUAUAACUGAACUCGAAACCCCUAAGUUUCUAAAGCUAUAACAUCAAAAUCCCUAAUUUUUAAAUUAGGGACAGUUUAAGGAAGAUGGUUUUACAAUGGAAUGUUCGGAAGCAUAUGGAACUACCACCACGAUAUCCACCUGAUGUUCCAUAUUUCACAAUUCGUGUUCAUCGAAUUAACAGAAGCUGUGAUCAUAGCAUAAUGGGGUACAUUGAUUAUUGCAGUGCUGAUUUAAUUUCGAGAGUUGAGUUGCUUAGUAUGGGUAAAGAAAUAGGCAUCGAUGUCGAUAAUUAUCAGAUUUUCUGGAAUGAAAGUGACAAUAAUUUGGUACAAAAAGCAAUUAACAAUGACGUUGAUGCAUUCGGAAUGGCGCUAAGAGCUGAAAAAAAUAAUGAUGUGAAUGUAUAUUUCAUUAUUAAAACUGAUGAUGUUCUCGACGGGAAUGUGGAGGCUCAAACUGAACCAAUUAGUGGCAGUGUGGUAUCUCAAAUUCUGAAUAUAGAAGGACCUGCAAGUGGCAAUGAGGAACCAAUUAAUGUUAAUACUGGGAAUGAUAAUCUAGAAGGAGAAGUUCAGGAGGAUGACAUUGACUUACUUGACUCAGACUACAGUUUUAUUAGUGAUGAAGACAUUAAUAAGGAUGACUACUUGUUUGAGAAAUUUGUUGACGCAGGGGUGGAGAGAGAUAUGAUAGUACUUGGUGAACCAGAAGGGUGUGGGAAUGUAGAUGAAGGCAGCGAUAGCUCUGAAUAUGCAGGAAGUGAUAAGCUUUAUUCAUGUUCAGAUAGUGAGGAAGAGGGCGAAGUAGCUUAUAAGCCAAGGUUUGAGGAGUUUAAUGAAGAUACAGACAUGGAUGAUAUUCAUUUUGCAAUUGGCAUGCAGUUCAGCAGUUUUGAUCAAUUUAAAAAAGUUGUUAGGCAUUAUGGCAUUAAGCACAGAUACGUGAUUAACUUCAGGCCUAAUACUAAAAAGAGGUGCAAGGCAUUUUGUAAGCGGCAGUGUCCUUUUUAUCUUUGGGCAUCAUUAAUGAGCGGUGACAAGGAAACGGUCCAGAUUAAAACCGGGAUACUUGAGCAUUCUUGUGUUAGGGAUCACAAUAUUAGACAUAUAAAUCCCACCUGGAUUGCUCAUCAUUAUUUAGAGCAAUUCAGAGCAGAUCCGACAUGGAAGCUUGAUGGUAUAGUGCAAGCUGUGAAAGCUUUAACUUUUUCAUUAUUGAGUCUAGGUCAAAAGGAAUAA